AGUCAUUUUUAUUUCUAUGUAUAGAUUUUUUGUCUCUUUGAACAUUUCCCUUUUCAUUCUUUGCCUUCUUCACUCUCUCUUAUUCUGAUAUUCGUGUAAUUGUUAUCCUUUCCACCUGCAGCCAUGAGUUCAUUAACUCCCGCUCCUCGCGGAGGCUCCUCCGCCCUCUUCACCCCUCUCACCAUAGCAAACGGCAAAACAACACUCAACCACCGCAUAAUAAUGGCCCCCAUGACACGCAACCGCGGCAUCCCCCUCCCCCCAUCAGACCCCUCAACACCGACGCGAAUCUGGAUCCCCGACUCCCUAAUAGCAACUUACUACUCCCAACGCACCACCCCCGGCGGUCUCCAAAUAACCGAAAGCGCCCUCGUCUCUCCCUCCGCGGGUGCCAUGCCCGGCGUCCCCGGUCUCUGGCUCCCAGAACAAAUUGAAGGCUGGAAAUUGGUGACUUCCGCCGUUCACAAAAAAGGAGGAACAAUCUACGCACAGCUCUGCCACCACGGCCGUGUCGCCCUGCCGCAAUUCACGGGCCUGCCUGCCGUCUCUGCUUCCGCUACCCCUUGGUCCACCGAUGAGAAAUAUCCGUAUCCGCCACCGGGCGAGAGUUCGCGUGUUAUGUUGAAAGAGAUCCCGCCGCUUGAACUUUCCGAAGAGGGACUAAAGAACACGAUUGCGGAUUUCCUUACGGCGGCGAAGAAUGCAAUGGAAGCGGGCUUCGAUGGCGUGGAACUGCAUGCGGGAAAUGGAUACCUCCUCGAACAAUUCUUAGCUUCCGGUGUGAAUAAAAGGACGGAUAAGUACGGCGGAAGUGCAGAAAAUAGAUGUAGAUUUGUGGUUGAAGUUGUAGAGGAGGUGGGGAAGGCGAUUGGGAUUGAGAAUGUGGCUGUUAGGAUGAGUCCGUGGGGUGUGUAUAAUGAUAUCCAAGACGAUGAUCGGUUUGAGACGUGGGGUACGUUGUGUAGGGCGCUUGGGAAGCUGGGGGGGUUGAGUUAUGUGCAUUUUGUGGAGGCGAGAGAAGACGAAAAGCCGCUUUGGGAGAAGAGUUGGGGAGAAGGGAGGGAACUUGGGUUUGAGUGGGCGAGGGAAGGGCUGGGGAGUGUUCCGGUUUUUAGUGCUGGGGUUUGGGACGCGGACAGUGUGUGGGGAGCGGUGGAGACUGGGAAAGUGGAUGCGUGUGUGUUCGCUAGGUGGUUUGUUAGCAAUCUGGAUUUGGUUGAGAGAUUGAAACUUGGAAAGGAACUUACAAUGUAUAAUCGAGCGAAAUUUUAUGGUCCUACAAGUAAGAGGGAGGUGGGAUACACGGAUUACCUUACGUGGGGAGAGAGUGCGGGGAAGUAGAAUAAGUUACUUAGCUUCCCAAAAGACUCAAUCUGAUAGCGAACUCGAGAACCAACUUUGCCAUACAUUCAACAAUCUUUUGUAGACUUUCAAUAAUCGAAUCAAUGCUCAGGACUGCCUGCCAUGCCAUAUGCCCCAGCUAGCCUCCUUGUGCCGUCCUCGCCCGUUACCCUUGCUCGGGAAGACUGAGGAGGCGGCUGAGCUUGAGUGGACGUAUAGGCGCGUGUGAAAGCAAGAUGCUAUUCUGGCACAGAAUAUCUGAAUGGAAGGAAUACCGGGGAAGCGCGACGGAUGCGUAUGGUGGCUCGGUGGCGCCUAAGUUCGGACGGGUACCAAACUAGCAAUUGUGUUCGGAAUCGGAUCAUAGG